CACACACACACACACACAAGAAGGAGAAACUGAAUUUUUGUAGCUGGAUAUAAAUAGCUGUAAUUCAUUGACUUGAGUUAACAUUUAUAAAUGUAAAUAUCUCUUUGUCAAAUGAAUGCCAAGGUCCAGUUCUUAAAUGAAUGCCAGAGCUUGUAUCUUUUCAGUUAUAUCUCAUUUUCCAUCUGAUUCGACAAUAACUUUAUUUGUAAAAACUGAAGAUAUCCUGCAUCUUUUUUUUUUAAGCUCUCCAUUCAGGGCAUUUUUGGCUAAGUUUAGUGUUUAAUUAUACUUUCUGGAAAAGUAAGUCUUGUUAACAUGAGAAGUAACCUGUUAAAAUAUAUUUUGCAACAAGGAAGCUUAACAUUUACUUAUUUUUAAUCUUGGCAAAACAUCCUCAAUCUAAUUUCACUCUGAGAAUAAGUACUCAAAGUAUGAUAUGCAGUACUGUAGAGUUACGAUAAUCAGCGCAUUUACUUCUUGCCUUCGGCUUUGUGUAUAAAGAUUAGAACCAGGGCACAUUGUGGAAGUGUAAUGAUUCAUAUAACUUGUGCUAUGAAUAUGUUAAUCUUGUGGAUAGAUCAUUAUCUUCACAAUUUAGAGUUGGAUACCUGUUCUCUUCUUGUCAACUACAUAUCGUAAUUGUACGAACUUGAUAAUCAAUCUGGUUUGUUGUGGAACCAUGGUGUCAUGGGACACUUGACUAUAUUAUUGGAUGGACAAUUCACAAAACUAAGUGUUAAAAAAUUGAUUUAGAAAUGGUUUUCCACCUUCUGUAUAAAACUUUUUUUUCCUAUAAUGAGAUGCAAACUGGAGUUGGCAUUCAUUUGUCUCCUGAAAUUUAUCUUUUGAUUAGUACAAAAACUGUUUCCAGUUUAGAUCCAAGUUGUCCCUUGCAGUUGGGUUGUCUAUAAACCAUUGUCUAAUGAACAAAUUAGUCAUAUUAUGCUUUAUGUUUUCGCAUUGUAGUCUUCCAUGCUGGGACUGUUUUUUCUUGAUGGGAAAUGAUGUUGCCGAAGAUUUGGAAUCGCUGCCAUCUCCUCUUUCCAUUAAGGUCCACUGUCAAAUGUGUUCAGAACUACUAAAAUUGGUCACUAGAAUUUCAAAAAUAUUUCCAGAAAUAGAAGCUGCCCGUCCUCGGUGCUCGUCAGGCAUAGAUUCACUUUGCUUGUUAACUAAUGGAAUUUUCAAAGCCAAUACUCUACUUCAGUACUGCAGGGAGUCCAGUAAGCUCUAUUUGUCUGUUACCAGAUUAGGGAAGCAAAAGGAAGAAGGUAACAGCUAUAAGGUAGUUACGAAAGUUCCUUGAGCAAAGAACAAUAUCUAUUCUGAAGUGCAUCUGUUACAAUAUUUAACUGGAAAAUAGGCACUAACUGGAGACGCUAUACUGUCAAGAUGUAAAAAGUCUACCUACUUAAUGGAACAAAGUCUUAGUCAAAUUCAAAAGAUGGUUCCAAUAACACUGGCUUCAGAGAUUUCUGGGAUCAUUUUUGAUCUCAGGAGCUCAACUUUUUACUUGGAUCCAUCUGAAGAGGAGGCUGGGAAGGUUUUGUGGGAAUUGCUUCAUGGAUAUGGUUCUAAAACUGAUACAAAAGAGGAAGAUACCCUUGGCUCUGUUCGAGUGGUUUCCUUGAAGCUUCACAUUACGUCCCAGAAAGCACUCUUGAUAGAGAAAAGAUCAAUCAAAAAGCUGCUAGACAAAUUUGGCAAAAGUGAUUCAUGCAAGAGGAAAAUACUAUUAUUCUUUUUGAAUCUUCUUAAUAAAUAUGGAAAUAUUAUUAUGAAAGAGAAAACUGACAACAGUGUCGUACGCCAUGAAGAUACCGUCCCAUCUGCAAGUUCUUAUGAUCUGUCAACAGAAGUGGAACGCACGAAGUAUAUGCCUGAUGAGUCUCAAAUUGACAUGUUAAGUAGCCCCAUACCCCCUAAAGAAUUCAUUUGCCCUUUAUCUAUGAGAUUGAUGUAUGAUCCUGUUGUCAUUGCUUCUGGGCAAACAUUUGAAAGGGUGUGGAUCCAAAGAUGGUUUGAUGAAGGCCAGGAUACAUGUCCAAAUACAAAAGUGAAGCUGGGUCACUUAACAUUGACCUCAAAUACUGGAAUAAAAGACAUAAUUUCUAAAUGGUGUACAGCACAUGGUGUGUCUAUUCCCAACCCCGCCAUGCAAGCUGAACUUGUUAAGUCUUUUGUAACUUCUACCAAUUCCAUCGCCAGCUUGAGCUGUUCUCUGAAUGAUCUAUACCUUCCACUAGAUUUCCAUGUUUCAUCAGAUGUCUUGCAUUCUGAGAUCACUAGUGCUGUAAACCUUUUGCCCAUGAAAAAGGAUAAUGAUUCGCAGAGAUUUCAAGCCUCUGCAAGCACACAGGAAAUGAAUAUGGAGUUUUUUGCUAAAAUCAGUUCACUUCCCUGGGAUUCUCAGUGCACCAUGGUUGAAGAUGUAAAGCGCUUUUUGAUAGGCAAUGAUGAAGCUUGCACAAUGAUGUCCUUUGGGAACUUCUUUCAACCUCUUCUUAGAUUUAUGAAGGAUGCACAUGACAUUCGUGAUGUGGAAGCUCAGAUGACUGGAUGUCAACUGUUAUUAGAAUUUGUUCAGAAAUGCAGAAAAAAUAUAUCUUGCAUUGAUGAAGAUGCAUGUAGUCUUUUGGGAUCAUAUCUUGAUACGGAGGUGGGUCAACAAGCUCUUGCCAUAUUGGAGGUUUUGUCCUUGGACCAACAUUCUGGAUACAAGAUUGCAGCGUCUGGGGCACUCAUCGGUAUCCUGAAUAUAGUUGACACCCAGAUUGAAGAACUGUUGGAACCAGCUUUACAUAUACUGAGCAAUUUGUUGGCAAAUAGUGACAUCGGGUCCUUCCUUGUGCCUCCAGCAUUCGUCCCCAAAUUAGUUCCACUCUUUGAAAAUAACACCCUAGCAAGAUACUGUGUUACCAUUUUGAAAUAUUUGUGUGAUGAAGAAGAUGCUAGAGUUUCUGUUGCUGAAACUGAUGGUUGCAUUUCUUCAAUUUCCAAACUACUCGAGAAUGAGAGUCAUGAGGACCAGGAGCGUGCGGUUGAAAUUCUUCUUUCUCUGUGCUCUGAACGUGUACAAUAUUGUCAGCUGGUCAUGGCCGAGGGUGUUAUUCCUGGCCUUGUUAAUGUACGUGCUAAUGGAAACAAGAAAGCAAAGGCCAUGGCAACGGAAUUACUGCGAAUCUUGAAAGAAGAAUUCAAUACUGAUGGAGAAUACUCAGGUUCAGAUGUUGGUAUGGAAUGCAAAGUUCAAAAUCCACCUUCUAAAGCACCAGGAAUAUUUAGCAAAAUUUUCUCCAAACGUAAUCCUUUGACUGCGAAGAAGGAAAAGAAAAAAGAAUUUUGAUUCGUAUUUCAUUUGAUUAGAACUGAGUUUUUCUUGAAUAUAUAGUUUAGAAAGAGUGUCUGUAGAAUCAAAACUGACGUAGUUAGCUAAGUAAUUGCAUAAGUGCACAGUUUCAAAUCUAAGAAUGUUUUUUAGACUAGGUUUGAUCUGUUCAUGAUCCCUUUGCAAUCUUCUAAGUGAGAAAUGUACAGUAUGCAUUGUUUAUUAAUAUUUUCUGCAAUAUAUUUAGAUGAUUAGUUGUUUAGAUUUCA